GUGAGCCGUUUUCUGGUGAUCGCUUGGGUCGUCGGGCCACUGGGAUGGCUUUCCGGAUGUCCGGGGGUGCAGUCUUACAAGUUGUCCGAGACGCCCAUCAACCUCACCAAUUCAGACAACCCGACAGACGCUGAGAAGGUGGCCAAAUUGUGGGAGAAGAACUUGGUGCAUGACGUGAAGGAAGACAGCAAAGUUCCCGAUCCGGAGCAGGCAGACAAUUCCACCAGUUCUUUCAAAGAUUUGGCCAAGCACCUGGAGUUCAUGAUGGUCAAGAUGGCGCAAGUGGAGACCGUGGUCCAAUUGCAGCAAGCCGAGAUCGCCGCCCAGCAGGCCGAAAUCGAUGCCCUCAAAGAGCAUGUGGGCUUGGACGUGCAGCAUGUCGAGAUGGCACGGAAACAUUCUCGAGAUCCCCACGCAGCAAGUCACGUCCUGAAAGCGGUUCUGGACAAGCACCACCACCAGCGUGAGACUCGCGACUUCCGUCCCGGUGCCCACAAGGAGCCCGUGGCCGAGGAUGGCUCGGUUCCGCCACGGCCCGAAAGCCAAGCAGAGGCCUUGCUCCAACGCCAGGCCCGGAGCUCUGAGAAGGAAGAGGAUUCGGAGAAUUUCUUGGAUGAGAGCCUUUCCAGCAAGUGGAAUCCACUUGACGAGUUCAAGAGAACGGUCAACAAAGCGGAGGUGAAAAAAAGGGGCAAGGCAGUUGAGUUCAUCCAGAACACGGUGAUCGACACCGUCGAUAUGGCAUACACCAUUCUGUCGAACUUCAUGGGCUUCGAGUUCGACUCCAGCUGCGACAACAGGCUUCCAAGUGCCGGACUGAACGGCCAAUAUCUUGACAUCAAUUUUGGCAAGCUGAAAUGUACUGCGACACUUGUUGGCACGACAAUCACCCUCUUCGACAUCCCCACGGUACAUAGAAAUUUCAAAUUGCCCGAUCCGUUGCACUAUCUGCCCGAGCAGAUAAAGACCGUUGCUAGAGCAAGCGGGGAGAACGUCGGAAGGGUGUUCAGUUUCAUGCACGAUAUCCUCCACACCGGCGGCUGCAACAGAGCCGACACCUUCCACUGCAUUGCCAAGCGCAUUUCGUCCUUCGUCAUGCAGUUUGAGCCGCCGCUGAAGUGGCUGCCCAGUCCCGUCGGUGUUCUUGCAGACUCGCCACUCAACUCCAUCAAGAGUUUGAUGGCCAUGGGCAAGGACCUGAUGCAUUGCCAGCACUUUGAGUCCGGCACGGAGCUGACGAAACGCCUUGGCUCCAAGAUCGUCAACCUGGUGCCGCCUCUGAGCUACUUGAACCGCCUGGGUGAAGUCAUGGCCGAGACCAUCGAGGCCUUUGCCAAGGCUGCCACGGCCUUGCUGAAGAAGGCCUUGAAAGGUGGCACGUCUCUCAUCCAGAAGGCCGCCAUCUCGGACUUCCCUGCAGUCGGAAAGAUGCCUGUGCGCCACCAGCAGGGCGAUCUGAUCGUUGAGGCACACUCGCAAGAGCUACACCCCUCACUGUUGGAGUUCUCUUCGAAUGACGCCCUUUACUCGGACGGCCCCGGGAUCAAGUUGAAGAAAGGUGAUGACGUCCAGGUCACGAACCUGAUCACGCAGUUCAAUGGCAGGGAGGCCAAUUCGGGCUCCUGUCUGGCUUUCGCUCCCCGGAAUAAGAACGGAGCUCAGGUAGGGAAUCACCAGGAGGCGACGAAAGGCGACUGGACGGCGGCAACGAAGGAUGACUUCGUCCAGCUGGAGCCUUGGGCGGUGCCCUGCGACAACACUUGGAUGAAGGACAACUGGAACAAAUGGCAAGGCUACUCCUUCUACACGGGAACGGCCGCCGUCGAGAAGUGCCUGUCAGUCACGUUCAAGAUAGACAUCCAGCCUGUGGUCGCCUUCGUCGCCGGCUUGUCCAUCAAGUUUUUGCCGACCCUCUUCGACUUGAUCACCACCGUGUGUUGGCCGAACCAGAUGCCGGGUGGUCUGGACUUGUCCGUCCUGCGUUCUGAGCUGAAAACCGGCGAUCACCUGCUGUUCAGCCGAACGCUGCGGCUUGCAAAGCGUUUCGGCUCUGACACGCAUUUCGUGAAGAAGAACCUCGGCACUGGCUUCCAGACCUGGAGAUCACCGCUUGGCAUCGCCAAAGGCGAGAGCAGACCUGCAUUCGCACCUAUGUCGCUGUUGGAGGGCAAUCGAAGCCAGGUUGAAGGCGGAGAGGGCGAGAAGCUCGAGACAGAGUCCUGGUAUUGGAAGACCGAGACGGAGGACCUCUACUUGGCAUCCGUCGACUAUGAUGAUUCCAUGGAGGUGAACACGACCUGGGAGAUGCGCGGGGCGGAUGCAGCACGGCACUUGAGUGCAAUGCAGGAGGCUCAGGCGCAGGGCAAGGAGGACAUCAUUCAGCUCUUCAACUUCAAGAAGCCGGGAAUGACGAACUUCCACAUCCAAGGCCUUCUCAAUGGCAAAAGCCUUGAGUUGGGCCUCCAGAUGGGUUUCGGGCCUUACCAGAGCCCAAGUCGGAGAAUCCCUUUGGCCGACAUCGGGGUCCAGUUUGCUGUUAUCCUUGCAGCGGUCCCCUGGAUCUCGGUGGAAACCAAGAAGACGGCGAUCGCUGCCUUGCGAGACUUCUCGACAGAGGACGCCGGGCGAGUCAAGGGACUUCCGCUGAGGCCAGGCUCCGUCAUUGCCCUGCACUGCACGCACAACAACCGCUACCUCUCCAUGGGUGGGGAUAACAUUUACGGCAGCCCGGGGGAGCGUCCCGAUGGGAUCAAGGAUUGGUGGACUCACCAGCGCUUUACCGUGGUAGAUGCAGGGAACGGCCAGAUCGCGUUGCACAAUGCGCUCCACAACAGGUUCCUCAAGUCAUUCGGCAGUGGAGUAAGUCCUCACAAAAAUUGGAACGAGCUUCCUCACAAUUGGGGCGGAGAGAAGUGGAAUGUGGUGGAUGCCGGAAACGGACAGAUUGCAUUGCAGGGCUCGUCGAAGGUCUUCCUCAAGGUCGACAAUGGCGGUGGGGCCGGCUUCACCCACCCUAUUGAUCAUCUGCCCGCACACUACACGUGGGAACGCUUCACGGUCGUGGCCGCUGAGGUGAAGCUGGUCCCUGGAUCAACAGUGGCUCUCUACAACACCCACCACCGAAAAUUCAUUGCCAUGAGAAAGGACCAUCUGGAACCCGGCGGUUACAGAGAAGGUGGUGACAUGCCCGAAGAAUGGACCCACGAGCGCUUCACCGUCAUCCAGAAGAACGGUCGAGAGAUUGCACUGCACAACGCUAGACAUAAUCGCUUCAUCAAGAUUAAUGGAGCGAGCCCGCACCAGAAUCCGGAUCAAUUUCCCCAAGGCUGGGGCAUGGAGGCCUUCGAAGUCUGGCCGGCUGUUGACGGAGAGAUGAUGCUCUGGAACCCUUCUGUCAACCGCUUCGUCCAAAUGGGUGGUGGCCACAUGGGCGAGAGUGGCCAUCCCCCUGCUGGGUUUGACACGCGCGGCUGGGCAUGGGAGCGAUUCCGCGUCGUGCAUGUCAAGCCAUACCUGGAGCCGGGGACCGUCGUGGGCCUGCACAGUGCAGUCCACAACCGGUUCCUGGAGAUGAGAGAUAACCACUGGAUGUACCGCAGCCCAGUGAAAGGCGUGGCAGACUUGCCCAACUGGUGGAGUUGGCAGCAUUUCAAGGUUGUCGAUGCCGGGAACGGCCAGAUCGGCCUCUACAACGAACACCACAGGCGGUAUGUAUCGAUGAAGGGCUGCCACAAGCAGCUGGGAACCCAUCAUGAGAGGCACGGAUGGGAAUCGUUCACGGUCGUGCCUGGAAGUGAUUUGUUCGACGGGGUUAUUGCCUUGCACAACUCGCACCACAACUGCUUCAUUCGCAUGACAGCCCAUCACGCAGAUGCCAGCUCUCCCAAGCCGAUCCAGGACCUUCCACAUCAUUGGAAUCAGGAACGCUUUCACAUCGUGAAAGUGGGAGUGGGAAACCAGGCUAGCGAGCCGGCCGGCAAACACCUGGACGUGUCUUUGACUUGA